AUGAAGCUCUUUGAGAGCGACAAGACGCUGGCUUUCCUCGACGUUGGGCCGCUGAGCAAAGGUCAUGCUCUUGUCAUACCCAAGUACCAUGGUGCAAAGCUAGCCGACAUUCCUGAUGACCAGCUCACGGAAAUCCUGCCUACCCUGAAAAAGCUGGUGACCGCAACAGGAGCCGUUGACUACAACAUACUCCAAAACAAUGGUACUAUGGCUCACCAACAGGUUCAUCAUAUUCCAAAGCCUAAUGACGCACAAGGCCUGGGAAUCAAUUGGCCUUCUACACCAGGUGACAUGGAAAAGCUCAAGGUUCUUUGCGAGGAAAUAAAGUCCAGGAUGUAG